GCUGGACUUGUCUGCAAAUUGAACACCAGAUGCAGUAUUAUAGCUGCCACCAACCCCAAAGGCCAGUUUGAUCCAACGGAAUCUCUAGCUACGAAUAUUUCCUUGGGCUCUCCUCUUCUGUCACGUUUUGACCUUGUACUGGUUCUCCUGGACACCAGGAAUACUGAGUGGGACAAACGACGCUCUCUAUCAAACUCACAGUUGCAGUCAUGGGUAGUACAAAGGUGGCCGCCGUAGACCCCAAAUGCUACAUUUAGGUAAGUUUUAAGGGUGUUUUCUUAUGUUCUUUAGGACAUAAAAAACUCCUAUGUUCACACCAGCUCAGCUGUCAUGUAUUCUUACCUGGUAGACUUUCUCUUUUUUUUUUCCAGUGCAUUUACAGAGUAUAUCAGUACUAGAUGGAGAUACGAAUAAAUUUAGAAGUACAGGCAUCCCCGGGUACGGAAGGUGUGUGUCCUUGAAAAUUUGACCGUAACGUGAAAUUCCGUAACGCGAAACCAUUUUCCUAUUGACUUCCAUUAUAUAAUUGGAGAUGCGUUCCCAAGGAAAUAUUUUCAGCAAAAAGACGUAAUACAAACACAUUUAUGAAUGAAAAUUAUUUUUGUUAAAACAUACAUUGAUUAUUUUAU